ACAUGUACACUCCAAUGAACAUCACGCUAUACUGCACCUAAGAUGAGAACAAAAAAACAACAACUUCCUGAAAUGGGCAGGUGCUGCAGGUAAAACCGGCUCGAGUACCUGAAAGAAGCUCGCAAGAGGAAGACAAGUGCACAGCGGUCAUACAAGUUUUCAGUUUAUUGGUAUGACUUGUCAGUGUGGAGUUAGAGCAUUGAGUCAGGAAGCAUUGGGGCUUUAUCAAGAUGAACACCACCAUGAAAAGGAAGCCAAUGAUAAACACCAUUUACUUGGAGGAACUGAACCAGGAAACAAAUGAAUCUCACACUGAAGCCACAGAGGAUAAAACGUAUACUGUGGAGGAUGCUGUGGAAACCAUUGGGUUUGGCCGAUUCCAUAUUCUUCUGUUUUUCAUAAUGGGAAGCACAAGUAUAGUUGAAGCCACUGAGAUUAUGCUGCUAGCUGUCGUGUCCCCAGCCAUUCGAUGUGAGUGGCGCCUGGAAGACUGGCAGGUGGCAUUUGUCACGACGAUGGUGUUUCUGGGCUUCAUGGUUUGCAGUCUGUUUAGUGGAUACCUGGCUGACAAGUAUGGACGGUGGAAGGUUGUCUUUGGCUGUUUUGUCUGGGGUUUAUAUUUCUCAUUGCUGACCUCAUUCGCCCCAACAUACGGCUGGUUCGUCUUCUUGCGUGCCAUGGUAGGGGUUGGUGUGUCUGGUCACUCUCAGGGGUUUGUUCUAAAAACAGAAUUCCUGCCAAAAAAAUACAGAGGUUUUAUGUUACCUUUGGCAUCGUUUUUUUGGCUGAUAGGUUCAUUGAUGGUGAUUGUCCUGGGAUUAGCAGUUGUUCCCACUUAUGGCUGGCGCUGGCUGAUUCGAAUCUCCACUAUUCCCAGCAUCGUCCUUAUUGUUUUAUUUAAGUUUAUUCCUGAGUCUGCCAGGUACAACGUCUCAUCAGGAAACACCACAGUUGCCAUAGAAACUCUGCAAAAAAUUGCAAAAAUGAAUCGGGCCUGCUUGCCGGAGGGAAGAUUAGUGGAGUCUAUUGUGGAAAGGAGAGGAUAUUUUCUGGAUUUGUUAACUCCUUCGUAUAGGAGAACAUCACUGAUAUUGUGGUAUUCAUGGUUUGUUGCCUCUUUCUCAUACUAUGGAAUUAUCCUGGCCAGCUCUGAGCUGCUUGAGCGAAAUCUUGUCUGUGGCACCCAAGCAGGAAUAAAGACCAAUGGAGCUGAUGGUGCACCGUGCUACUGCAGCUCCUUUGGACCCUCGGAUUAUCACACAAUGCUUAUUAGCACUCUUGGAGAGAUUGCAUUUGUACCUUUGAAUAUCGCAACAUUAAAUUUCUUAGGGAGACGACUUUCCUUAACUAUUUCCACGCUGGUAACUGGAAUUUUCUUCCUCCUUCUCAACAUCUGUACAACAAGUUUUGGAUUGACUGUGUUGUUAUUUAUUCUUCGUGCCCUUGCGUCAACAAAUUUUAACACUGUUUACAUUUAUACUGCAGAGGUAUACCCCACUACAAUGCGCUCUGUAGGAAUGGGUUUUUGUAACUCGGCUAGCCGUAUUGGUGGAAUGACAGCACCAUUUAUAGCUCAGGUUCUAAUGUCAAAAUCCGUGGCCUUGGCUCUGUGUCCGUUUUCUGUUGCAUGUUUUAUAUGUGCAGUCGCAGUUUGGUUUUUGCCCAUCGAGACCACAGGACGUGCUCUUCAGCAAGAAAAAUGAUCUGGACCAGUCUAGAACAGGAGACUAUGAAGGAAUGAAUUGCUGGGAAUAUCAUGUGUAAUAAUGUUCUUUUAUUUAUUAUAGUUGAAAUACUGUAUUUCAGCUGUUGAUCUAAAAUGAACCCUUAAUUAAAGAAAUGGAAGGUUCACUUUUAUAAUUAAAAAAUUGUA